AUGGUUCUCCCUAGUCCGUGGGCGUCCGAUGGUUCGUCUGAGGUUUGUCAGUUCUCUUGGGACCUCCCGGAGAACUUCGUCUUUUCUUUAGGGGGAAGACGAAGUUCCCUGGGGGGUUGCGAGGGUAACCCCCCUCCCAGAGAACUUCAUCUUCUCCUCGUAAGAAGAGAAGACGAAGCUCCCUGGGAGUUAGGAAACCCCCCUCCCAGAGAACUUCGGCAUCCCUGCUUGGGAUCGUCGAAGUUCCCUGGGAGCAGUGAAAGGGAGGGGAGACCUUCUCUCCUCCUCCGGGGGAAAAGGUCCCCUCUCCCCGGAACAGGAGGGGGUAGACUGGGGGAGGGAAAUGGGGAAGGGAGGAGGGAGCAGGGGGAGGGAGGAGGCCCCGAGAAAGGGGGCGGGGGAGGGGAGGGAAGCCCCGAGAAGGGGCAGGGGAGGGGAGGGAAGCCCCGAGAAGGGGCAGGGAAGAGGAGGGGGAAGUAUAUAUAUGUCAUUUACGCUAUCCCCUCCCCUUUUCCCCCGCUCCCUCCCCCUCCUCUCCCCUGCCCCUCCUCGGGGCUUCCCUCCUCCUCCCUCCCCCUGCCCCCUUUCCCGGGGCUUCCCCCUUCCCUCCCCCUGCUCCCUCCUCCCUUCCCCAUUUCCCUCCCCCAGUCUACCCCCUCCUGUUCCGGGGAGAGGGGACCUUUUCCCCCGGAGGAGGAGAAGGUCUCCCCUCCCUUUCACUGCUCCCAGGGAACUUCGACGAUCCCAAGCAGGGAUGCCGAAGUUCUCUGGGAGGGGGGUUUCCUAACUCCCAGGGAGCUUCGUCUUCUCUUCUUACGAGGAGAAGAUGAAGUUCUCUGGGAGGGGGGUUACCCUCGCAACCCCCCAGGGAACUUCGUCUUUCCCCUAAAGAAAAGACGAAGUUCUCCGGGAGGUCCCAAGAGAACUGACAAACCUCAGACGAACCAUCGGACGCCCACGGACUAG